CUCAAUGCGGCGCUUGUCCGGACCCCGCGAUCCGCUCUUAAAGCCGGAGCCGGGCUCCCCCCGUUAGUGCCAGCGGUGGCCCCGGCGGGGCGGGCGCGGCUCCGGGGGGCUCCCCCGGCUGCCAGCCCGGGAUGUUCCUGUACUGGAAGAAGCGCGGUGCCUACGAGCUGGAGGCGCUGCCCCCCGGGCUGGCGGGGCUGGGGUAUGGGGCAGUGGAGCGCUUCUCCUGGAGCUCCAGCCUGGACAUCAGCGAGGAGCUCGGGGCCGAGCCGUGCCCACCGGAGGAACCAGUGCUGCGCUGCCAGAACCCCGACUGCUCCGGCGAGAGGAGGGCGGCCAAGGUGUGUCACCAUGCGGAGUGCCGGCGGCUGAGCUGCAGCGGCCCCCUCAGCCUGUGUGAGCUCUGUGACAGCCGCCUGCAUGGCGCCAUGCACUGCGAUGGGCACAUCCGCUUUGACCUGCCCCCGCCAGGCUCCAUCCUGGCCCGCAACAUGUCAACACGCUCAUGCCCACCACGCACCAGCCCUGCUUCUGAUGUGGAGGAGGAGGAGGAGGGACCGGCCGAUAGCAGAGGGGAGCGGAGGAGCUCGGCGCUGAAGCUGCCCAAGAAGAAGGCUCGGCGCCGGCACACGGAUGACCCCAGCAAGGAGUGCUUCACCCUCAAGUUUGACCUCAGCAUCAACGUCGAGGCAGAGAUCGUGCCGGCCUCGAAGAAGAAAUCCCUGGGGGAGGUGCUGCUGCCGGUCUUGGAGAGGAAGGCGAUCGAGCCGGGCAGGGUGGACGUGUACCUGGAGCAGUCGCAGACGCCGCUCUCGCUCCAGUUCGAGGCGUUCCGCUUCGGGGGGCACUACCUGCGCGUGAGAGCCAAGCCCGGGGAUGAGCUGAAGGUGGAGCAGGCAGUGCAGGGAGCCAGGUUGGCCGCUCUGCCCAUCGGGCACCCUGCCGGCGCGGCGCCAGGACAACGGGAGGGCGCUGACAGCCUGGUGAGUCCAUCCUGGGGGCAUCCACACGGGGACCGUGGGGCAGGAGGCAGCCGGGGCUUCUGGGGACACGGCCGCACGGCUCCGGGCCGGCGGAGGAAGAACAUGACGGAGUUCCUGGGGGACAGCAGCAUCCCCAGCCCCGAGCCGUCCCCGCACGCCGGUGGCUCCCUGCCCGCCAAUGGCACCGAUACCUGGAAGAACCGCGCCGCCAGCCGCUUCAGCGGCUUCUUCGGCUCCGGCACCAGCGCCGGCUCCUUCGGGCGGGAGAGCGAGAAGCUGGAGCAGUUGGCCAGCCGGCUGCACGCCUACGGCACCUUCGGGCUGCCCAAGCUGCCGCCGCAGCUCCGCUUCGACCGCGACUCGUGGGAGGAGGACGGGGACGAGGCCGGGCUGGCGCUGGAGGACACUUGGCAGCAGAUCAUCCACGGGGCAGAGGCCCUGUCGCGCCGGCAGUGCCACCAGCAGGAAGCCAUCUGGGAGCUGCUGCACACCGAGGCCACCUACAUCCGCAAGCUCAAAGUCAUCACCGAUCUCUUCCUUUGCUGCCUGCUGAACCUGCAGGAGUCGGGGCUGCUCUGUGAGGUGGACGCCGAGCGGCUCUUCAGCAACAUCGGGGAGAUCAUCCGGCUGCACCGGGAGCUGUGGCGCGGAGUCAUGGCCCCGGUGCUGGCCAAGGCGCGCAGGACCGGGGCGCUGCUUGACCCUGUCGACUUCCUCGACGGCUUCAGGACGUUCGGGUCCCUCUUCAAGCCCUAUGUGCGGUACUGCAUGGAGGAGGAGGGCUGCAUGGAGUACAUGCGGACACUGCUGCGGGAUAGCGAGCUCUUCCGUGCCUAUGUGACGUGGGCCGAGAAGCACGAGCAGUGCAGCCGCCUGAAGCUGAGCGACAUGCUGGUGAAACCCCACCAGCGCCUCACCAAGUACCCGCUGCUGCUCAAGUCCGUGCUGAAGAAGACGGAUGACCCACGUGCCCGCGACGCCAUCACCGCCAUGAUUGGCUCCGUGGAGCGCUUCAUCAACGACGUCAACUCGCGGAUGCGCCAGCGGCAGGAGCGGCAGCGCCUGGCCGCCAUCCUCAGCCGCAUUGAUGCCUAUGAGGUGGUGGAGGGCAGCACGGAUGAGGUGGAUAAGUUGCUGAAGGAGUUCCUGCGGCUGGACCUGACGGCCCCCAUCCCCGGCACAUCCCCGGAGGACACGCGGCAGCUCCUGCUCGAGGGCAGCCUGCGGAUGCGGGAAGGUAAAGACAGCAAGAUGGACGUCUACUGCUUCCUCUUCACCGACCUCUUCCUCAUCACCAAGCCCCUCAAGAAGGCUGAGCGCACCAAGGUGGUCCGGCAGCCCUUGCUGGUGGACAAGGUGGUGUGCCGCGAGCUCAGGGACCCGGGCUCCUUCCUCCUCAUCUACCUGAACGAGCUGGGGAGCGCCGUGGCUGCCUACACAUUCCAGGCCAGCGGGCAGUCGCUGUGCCGCGGCUGGGUCGAGGCGGUGCGCAACGCCCAGAACCUGCUGCAGCGGCUGCGGCAGCGCCGGCGCCUGGAGGAGCAGGAGGAGGAGGAUGGGGACAGCGAUGCCUCGGCUGCCAGCUCCCCAACCAUCCUGCGCCGCGGCAGCGCCAGCCCCGACUCGCAGCGCUGCCCAUCCGACGGCUCCACCGAGACCCUCGCCGUGGUGGCCACGGACGGCGGUGACGCCCUCUCCUCCCCGGACUGGGACACGGGGCCCUUCAGCUCAGCCUCGGACGGCUCCUCCAUCGGCACCAGCCCCUCCAUCAGCGCCGGGACCCCCACCUCCUCCGAGACCCCCCCCCGGGAGCUGCCUGCGGGUGCCCUGCCUGUCCCCCUGCCCCAUGGCACGGCCUCCCCAGCCAGCGGCUGCCGCUCGUCCUCCAUCGACAGCGCCUACGGCACGCUCUCCCCCACCUCCCUGCGGGACUUUGGCCAGCAGCCCGAGGAGGGGCGCGAGCCCCACGCUGCCCCCCCAGCCCCACGGCCCCCCUCACCCCGGCUGCGCCGCCAGACCCCGGUGCAGCUCCUGCCCUGCCCCGCCAGGGUGCUCAAGUCCAAGUCGGAGGCCAACCUGCCCCAGCUCCUGUGCCCCGGCCCCCCGGCCCCCCUCAGCCAGAGCCGCAGCCUCUCUGACCUGUGCCCUGGGCCCCCCCGGACUACCCCGCACCAAGCCCCCGGCCCCCCGCCCGCCCCCAGCAGCAGCGGCAGCUCCACCUCGGAGCUCUCGGAGCCGGAGGAGCCGGCGGAGCGCCCGGUGUCCCUUCCGAGGGAGCUCGGUCACAGCCCCCUGCCCGCUGCCCGCCGGACCCUCUCGGACCCGCAGUCAGCACAGCACCGCAAGCUGACGCUGGCGCAGCUCUACCGCAUCCGGACCACGCUGCUGCUCAACUCCACGCUGACCGCCUCGGAGGUCUGAGAGCCGCCGCAGCGGUGGGGAUGGAUGUACGGCUGCGCUUCCAACCGGAGCGGAACGCUGAGGCCGGGCGAUGGGAGGUCGCGCCAGUGGGGACACGGAUGGGGAUGCAGAUCAGUCCCCUCAGCGGGGACAUAGCCUGGGCACAUGGCACGGGGCUGCCUGCACCUCCUGGGGGCAGGGACAUGGCUCAUGCCAAUCCCUCCUCUGCAGGGAUGAGGGUUGCCGGUUGGGGCCCAGCUGCCCCACGGUGCAUCAGACGUGGGGGGGCGAGGAGGGGGUGAUGACGUUGGUGCUGGUGAGUGGGGAAGGUGCUGAGAGGGCUGUGGCGCCGGGGGCACGGUGCCGAGGGCGCGCAGGGAGGAGGCUGGGGCAGGAGGGGAUGGCGGUGGACUGGGGCGAGGUUUGCCCUAUGGGGCUGGGAUGAUGGCAGCGGGUGGCAGCGCCUGGGACCCGAGCGUGGGAGCCGCGGCGGUGGCCGGAGCACCGGCUGCUGUCCCGUGCUGCGCUCCGUGUCCCGGCCAAGCAAUAAACCCAGCUGGUGCACGCU